AUGUACUUCUCCAAGAUCGCCGUUCUCUUCACUCUGGCCGCCACCGGUCUCUCCGCCCCCAUUCUGGGAGCCGAGAAGCGCCAGGCCAAGCUUCUUACAGUCCAGGACUACUCUAAAUUUCAAGUCUCUUCUGGUGUUGGUGGCAACGCCCUUGCUGAAGUCGCCCAGAAGUUCCCCGUUGACAAGAUCAAGGCCAACCUCGCUGGAGUCAGCAAGGAUGACUUGGCUACCCUCCAGGCUGCUCGUGUCGCCGCUGAGAGUGCCGAGACCGACGCUGGCGGCUUCAACGAUUCCAUUGCCAAGGCGUCCGGGGCCGAUGCGGACGCCCUGAAGGUCGGUAAGAUCAAGAACAAGGUUCUCAAGCUCCAGCUCGAGGUUCUCGCUCUGCAGGUGCAGCAGGCCCAGGGCGCCAGCAAUCAGGCCAAGAUCGACGCUGAGCAGAAGAAGCUCGACAACAACGUCAAGACCGACACAGCCUCCAAGGGCAAGACCAGCCAGAGCGUCUCUAUCAGCGCCACCUCCGCGCCCAAGGGCAGCAAGGCCAGCAAGACCAGCAAGACCAGCAAGACCAGCAAGAAGACCAAGAAGCAUUAG